UUCAUAGUACUGUCACAGCACUGCCUGCUAAGCUACUGGCUACACUUUGAAGGGAGGAACUUGGACACUUUGUUACAACAGGAGAGAGCAAAGCACUGCUCAAGUGCUCCCAGGCUGGGGAAGUCACCAAGAUCUGUCAACACAGAAGUUCCUACUCCACUAUCGUCUUCUGUGGAUCUGAAGCUUAGUCUCUUAGUGAUUUCUGGAUCCCUCCCUCCUUCCCUCCCCUGCAGCCAGAAGAUGAAUUACCUGUAAAACCAGAUGCUGGUUCUGACACCCAUUUGCUGUCAUUGGGUACCAAGCUUUGCCACUGACUGUGUUACUUCAUAACAGAUAUAACCUUGACCUGGAUAUUUCAUACAGAGAGACAAGUCCUACAGCCUGACACCCCUAUCUGGCACAGCAUCCCCCCUGGCCUUUAUUUUACAGACACUAAAGUAACCCUCACCCUUCACUGGGUGACCCCCCUCUGCAAGCUACCUGAUUGCUGGAUUCACAAUGUCUGUGCAAAGUCUUGGACGCUUUCAGAACACUCUUCAUGCUGCACAUGAACCGUACAUAGAAAUAUUUGAACAGCCCCGUCAGAGAGGAAUGAGAUUUAGGUACAAAUGUGAAGGUCGCUCAGCAGGGAGCAUUCUUGGGGAACACAGCACAGAAAAUAACCGAGUAUACCCAUCCAUACAGAUUAUGAAUUACAUUGGUAAAGGAAAAGUGAGAGUCACUCUGGUUACAAAGAAUGACCCUUACAGACCACAUCCCCAUGAUCUCGUUGGGAAAGACUGUCGAGAUGGCUAUUAUGAAAUAGAAUUUGGUUCGGAUCGUAAAGUUUUAUGUUUUCAGAACCUGGGUAUUCAAUGCGUUCGGAGAAAAGAAGUGAGAGAAGCCAUCCAUUCGAGAAUUAUUCGCAAAAUUAAUCCAUUUGCUGUGCGAGAUGAGCAGUUACUCAACAUUGAAGAUUAUGACCUGAAUGUUGUUCGAUUGUGCUUCCAAGUCUUCCUUCCUGAUGAACAUGGGAAUUAUACGAGAGCCUUAAUGCCAAUUGUCUCAAACCCAAUAUAUGAUAAUCGUGCUCCUAACACAGCCGAGCUGAGGAUCUGCCGUGUGAACAAGACUUCUGGAAGUGUCAGGGGAGAUGAUGAAAUAUUCCUUCUUUGUGACAAGGUUCAGAAAGAUGACAUUGAGGUCAGAUUUUUCACAGAAAACUGGGAAGCUAAAGGCACAUUCGGACAGGCUGAUGUACACAGACAAGUUGCUAUUGUGUUCAAAACUCCUCCAUUUCACCGUAACAUCACGGACCCUGUUACGGUGAAGAUGCAGCUUCGAAGGCCAUCCGAUCAAGAAGUCAGUGAAGCUAUGGAUUUUAGAUAUCUGCCUGAUGAAAAGGAUCCAUAUGGAAAUAAAAUUAAAAGGCAGAGGACAUCUUCAGUUUUACAGCAGUUCAAACGGAGUUAUGAAAUUGCUGAAACGUCAAAAAUACCACAGGAGAUAUUUCGCCAAGCGGAGCGAUUUAUAAAACAAGAGCCUGUAUUUAUCCAGCAAGAUUGUGUGAAACCUACUCAAGUCAUGCCACCUUCUUCAAGGUCUUUGUUUAAUGAUGGCAUCUCAACAAUGCUAGAUACCCACAGGUUACACUCAGUGGCACCUGGAAAUCAGCAUAUCACUUCUACAGUCUGGACUCAACCGAAUUAUAGCACCAGCCAAUCUAAUGAGUUCAUGACAAGUUUAUCCAUUGGUGACUUUCCUUUUUCUUUCUCUGAUGGCGUUUCCGAUGGCUUGAAUGUUCCAUACCAUCCAACAUUUACAGCCACCGGUGAUUCCACUUCUGCUCCCACAUUGCAUAGAAAUGAUGUUAACAUUUGUGAUCAAGGGCCAGGCAAUUUGAUGUCUGCCACAAAUGGAGCAGUGUCUAGUUGUAUUAGCGUCUCAAGGGAAGUGGAUUUCAUGACUGUUCAAAGUACCAGUUAUCAGCCAAACCUAAAAGAACCAACAGCACUCAGGAAUGAAUGUUUCAUGAGUGGACUGAAAAACAUGAAUGCAUCUUCUUGUCCAAGUGUACUAACCAAUAACUCUCAGACAGUUGGAUAUGCAGAACAGAUGACAUUGCCGCAUGACGAUAUAACAGAUCAGACGAGUGCGAUCAGCAGAAACGACUUCUACAUGAAAUCCAACCAAAAUGAUGACCUUUGUUUAGGUUUAACUCUGGAUUCUUCUGACUUAGAAUCAAUAUUAAAUUAUGGGAAUUCUCUUACACUUGAUAAACAGAAUGCACAAUUUCAAAUUGGACCAUAAAAUUCUGGCUCACACUAUGGUUGGGAAAGAUAGGUUCACUUUCUCUUGGAUUUACGAAGAAACAGCAAUAGUCAAACAAAUCCAUCCACAAAUUAGCCGUCGUUAUCUGCUCUUCAAAAUCACAGCAGGCUCAGGUUGGGCCACGUCCCAAAAAUAUAACCAGUCAAAAACGUUCUUCUCAGUAUUUUUUUCUGGGUUUCUCAAAGUUAAUUCAAAGCCUAUAGUUUUGAAAACAAAAUGUGACUUAUUCCAUAUGUUAUGUUGUAAAAGUUUAAAGUCCCAUGUAGACCACUGGACUAUUUCAGAGGAGGACAUUUAAAAAUAGACAUGGAAGAUAAACUGUACAAUUUUUAAAUGUUAUUUUUUGAGAAAAUUAAUUCCAUAAUUUAUGGAUUUAUAAAAAAAAUAAAAAAAUUACAGUGAGUUGCGGUUUUGCCAAACUAGGCCAACAUAGCUAGGCUGGAAAAGAGAAUCUCCAAUCAUAAAUUCAAGAUGUAAAAAUGUGCAUGUCUAUGAAAUAAUAUGUAUAGAAAAGCAACACGUUACAUUACAAUCUAUAUAUUGUGCAUUUAAUUAAAUGUAUCCCCUCAUCCUUUCUUACCAUUCAUCACCAUCAUCUAAAAAAUACAAACAAGGAAACAAUGAAAAAGCUUAAGGGACUACUUUGUAGGUGUAGUAUAAGUCACAAGAGAUUAACAUAUUUUGGAUGAAUGUUAAUGGACUUUGAGGUAUUUCAAACCACUAAUAGCAAUGCAACAUGUAUCAAAAUGAUCCCCACACUGCUACUCUGUAAGUAUGUGCAACAUAAACAUUUCAGGAAGUGUAGGGUUAAAAUAGAAAUCUUUAUCCUAUUCCUUUAAUAUCACAUACCACACAGGCAUUGCAGCAGCUGCUUUGUAAUAAGUUCCGCUCAGAAGUCUCAAACGUAUUGAGUUGUCCCACUUAUGUUGCACGU